AUGUGGACCAUCUGGGUGAUCACCUUCUGUAUUUCAGCUGUCUUGAUCAGAGCUGUCCCGCCUGUCUGUGACCUCCUGAACGUCCUGAAAAAGGAGGAGGAAAACUGUGCCAAGACUCUCUCCCUGGAGGUAAAGAACAGAACGCCCGAAAACGAUCUGCUCCAGAGCUCAGGCAGAUGUGCUGGAAUGUGGGAUAACAUGAGUUGCUGGCCUUCAUCCACUGUGGGACAGACUGUCAACGCUCACUGCCCUGAGUUCUUCCAGAUGCUGACUGGGAAAAAAGGUUUUGUCUACCGAAACUGUACAAGCGAAGGUUGGUCAGACCCAUAUCCAAGACCCGAUAUCGCUUGUGGCUACAACAUUAACGACACAGCCAACGAAGCAAGACGUUCCUAUUUCAUGACUCUGAAGACCAUGUACACCGUUGGAUACUGCACCUCCUUUGUGACACUGGCGAUUGCCUUAGUGGUCCUGGUCUCUUUUAGAAGACUUCGUUGUACGAGGAACUACAUCCACAUGCAUCUUUUCACAUCAUUCAUUUUGCGAGCCUCAUCCAACUUCAUCAAAGAUGCCAUUUUGUUUUCAUCUGAAGACACAAAUUACUGUGGUGCAUACACGGCUGGGUGUAAGCUCACCAUGGUCUUCUUUCAGUAUUGUAUCAUGUCUAACUACAGCUGGCUCCUCGUGGAGGGACUGUACCUCCACACUCUCCUGGUUAUUUCUUUCUUCUCGGAAAGGAAGUUCCUCUGGUGGUUCAUCGGCCUCGGAUGGGGUGCCCCAACCAUCUUUGUGGCUGCAUGGGCGACUGCUAGACAGCUCCAUGAAAACAUUGGGUGUUGGGACAUUAACACUAAUGCCAAUACCUGGUGGAUCAUUAGAGGCCCCGUAGUUUUGUCUAUUUUUAUUAAUUUCAUUAUUUUUGUUAACAUCUUAAGAAUCUUGAUGAGGAAGCUCAGAUCACCUGAAGGACGGAGUAGUGAUUUCAGCCAAUACAAGAGACUUGCAAAGUCAACACUCCUCCUCAUCCCUCUCUUUGGAGUGCACUAUAUUAUCUUUGCUUUUUUCCCUGAAGAUGCAAGCAGUGGCACAAUGGAAAUUCAGCUGUUUUUCGAAUUGGGUCUUGGAUCAUUCCAGGGCUUUGUCGUGGCUGUACUUUAUUGUUUUCUUAAUGGUGAGGUUCAGCUGGAAGUUCAGAGAAAAUGGAGGCAAUGGCAUUUAAGCAAACACUUGCGUCAGCAUCUCAGCACCUCAGCGAGUAAUGGAGGAAGUGGCUUAACUCAAGAGAUGCAGAUGGUGAGGUCAAGCCCACCAGAGCACAGGAGAGCAACCCUCCAAAGAUCAAGCGUGCUUUAACACCGCACUCUGAAG